AUGACGCAAGUACCCCACGUUGUUCGACCAAACAUAGCCAACAAUGCAAAGGAACGAGUCGCUAACAAGUUGCUUGAUCAUAUAGACGACACAAAACCACCGCCUGAUACGACUCCUGAGUACCCUGCAUGGAAAGAAAUAGAUGCCCUCGUUCUGCAAUGGAUAUACGACACGAUAUCAGACGAUCUUCUUAGCAAAAUUAUUGACACGGAAACUACCGCACGAGCAGCAUGGUUGAAGAUGGAAAAGUUCUAUCUCAGUAAUAAACGGGUACGUGCAGUAGCCUUAGAAACCAGGUUCUGCAACCUUACUCUUGCCGCCUGUUCGUCUCUAGAUGAUUAUUGCCAGCGUCUUAAGGAACUGGCGAAUCAAUUGGGAGACGUGGACCAGCCAAUCACCGAUUCUCGACUUGUUCUCCAGUUGGUCCGUGGGUUACCCUCUGAGUUUGACACCACGGCUGCCCUCAUUAACAGCCAAGACGCUGAUUGGGACUUGGCUCGGAGCAUGUUGCAUGACGAACAGAUUCGCCUUGAGGCGCGUCAGCAGUCCGCCUCCUCAGUUCUGGUUACAACUCAGCAGCCCAACCACUCUUCUCAGCAGCCCGAAUACAAUCAGUCUUCUCAGCAGCAAACCAGGUACCGAGGACGUGGUCGUGGGGGUCGUGGAGAGAAUUAUCGUGGCGGUGGUCGAGGCCGUGGUAGUUCUCGGUAG